UUGCAACUGGACUGUAAUCUUUGUGCCAUUGUGUCAAACUCAGGUCAGAUGGUCGGCCAGAAGGUGGGGAACGAGAUAGAUCAGUCAUCCUGCAUUUGGAGAAUGAACAAUGCACCCACCAAGGGCUAUGAAGAGGAUGUUGGCCGCAUGACAAUGAUUCGCGUCGUAUCCCAUACCAGCGUUCCUCUUUUGCUGAAAAACCCUGAUUAUUUUUUCAAGGAAGCAAACACUACUAUUUAUGUUAUUUGGGGCCCUUUCCGCAAUAUGAGGAAAGAUGGCAAUGGCAUUGUGUACAACAUGUUGAAAAAGACUGUUGACAUCUAUCCCAAUGCCCAAAUUUAUGUGACCACAGAGAAGCGCAUGAGUUACUGUGAUGGAGUGUUUAAGAAGGAAACUGGGAAAGACAGGUGAGUCCUCUGAGAAGUGGCCUUGUUGUCGUUCAUGCUAAGUCUUUGCUGAGUUCUUUUGCCAGCUAUUAAAUGAACGGUUAUUUUUCAAACCGGUUGUUACAUGUUUUUGACUAUUAUGA